CCUCUACCCUCCCAUUCAUAAAAACUCACUUCCCUCCCCCUCGGUGGUUGCAACAUCAUAUCCAAAGCUCUGCGUCCACAACCGCAGUCGCCUUUUAUGCACCAGCGAGUGGAGAUUAUAGUGCUGGAGAGCCGCUCGCCGUUUUAUCGCUUCUACCUUGUUCAGAUUUUCCCCCGCUCCUCUUUUGGACUUAUCUGAGUAUUGGACUGAGCAUUUGUGGAGCUACUCACUCUCUCGGACUGGACUAUAGGCUGCGCGCAAACGUCGUGCGCAACGAAGAGAUGAGAAUUGUAUCCUGAAACCACAUUUUGCUAAAUGCUGCUUUAGAGUGAAGACGUGCGAGGCACCAGCCUACACAUGGAGUCCAGGGUUCCCCACCACAUCCCCGGAGUGUCCUCCUCCCUCAUAUCCCAGCCCCUGCUGGAGAGUCGAGUGCCCUACGGCCGUCUUCAGCACCCUCUCACCAUUUACCCCAUUGACCAGAUAAAGUCAUCACACGUGGAGAACGACUACAUCGACAGCCCGGCCGUUGUCUCCCAGCAGCCCCCGAGCCAGAAGUCUGUGAACCGAAGAAUCACCUGGCUGGGUCAGAAUCAGGAGGCCUUCCUUGGGGCAAACCACAACCACCAUCACAAUCACCAACACCAGCCCCACCAGCAGGGCCGGUGCGAGCCACACCCACACCAGGACUCCACCACCCACCCUUGGAUUUCCUUCAGUGGAAGACCCAGCUCUAUCAGCAGCAGCAGCAGCACUUCAUCCGAUCAGAGGCUGUUGGAUCACGCUGCGCCCACCCCGACGGUGGACCACCACCCAAACUUGCACCCCCACCAGGCCCCUGUCAACACAAUCACAACCCGAACUACAGGCUGCUUCACUUCCUCUGAAUCUAAGGUCCUCACCACCUCUUCCUCUGCUUCCUCUUGCUCCUCCUCUUCUAAAUCGCUGGACCUCAAGUCUGCAAAGAUGCCAAUGGGAGGCGUGUGCCCCACUGGGGCUCAGCAGGGGUUGGCGUUGAUCCCUUCCUCCCCGGCUGAGAAGAAGCACCUCCUUAUCUGCGAGCACUGUGGGAAGUGCCGGUGCACAGAGUGUACGCUCCCCCGAACCCUACCCUCUUGCUGGGUCUGCAACCAGGAGUGCCUGUGCUCUGCUCAGAGCCUGGUGGAUACAGCCACCUGCAUGUGCCUGGUCAAAGGGAUCUUCUACCACUGCACGGAGGACGAGGACGACGAGGGCUCCUGUGCCGACAAGCCUUGCUCGUGCUCCCAGGCCAACUGCUGCGCACGCUGGUCCUUCAUGGCUGCCGUUUCUUUUGUUCUGCCUUGCCUGGUCUGCUAUCUGCCAGCCAUGGGUCUGGCUAAACUGGGACAGAAGUGUUAUGACAAUGUUAGCAGGCCUGGCUGCCGCUGCAAGAACUCACAGGGCGGCGUGAGUGUCCCAGUGUGUAAAAAUGGAGGCAUGGAAGCAAAAGCUGGGACAGUAGAGAAGCAGCAGCAGGGGUCAUGAUACUGGACCAAACUGUCUGGCGGUGGCCUUGCUACAUAAAUGGACAUGAUCACACAGUACUUGCCUGCUCUCUAUGGAUAGGACAAUCCAACACCAACCCAUUAAACUAUCCCAUUAAUCUGCUGGAAGAUGACUUAUGUAAAACAAAGGUACUUAAAUGGCUUCUUGACCUAUGUUUGAUAGGGUGGAUGAUCAAAACGGGCCUUAUCUGAGAGAGUUGGCUAGUAUGAUUAGCUAACAGGCCCUCUUAGAUGUUUUUCUUUCAUUUUUUUGUAAGAGUGACACAAGAAGAAGAGACUAGAAUGUGGGACUGGUGUUUGUGUUUUGUGAAGAUGGCUGAAGGCACAAAGUCAUUGUACCUCUCUGCUGCUCAAGAUUUCUCUGCUAGUUUUGUAACUAACUAAUCAGAAGCUGGUGGCUGAUCCUCAGAUUAUGUAGAAAUUAUUGAUGGAGAUAAGUAUCUAUGAGCCCCUUUCCCAGCCCCAAAGCACAGCCCGGUGUCAAACAUGAAAACAACUGAUUAUCUAUUCUGUGGCUUUAUGAUAGGCCAUCGUGAGAGUAAAACCACCACUUAGUCCCUCCGCUUUCAUGAUGGUCACCAUCUUUUAGCGUUGCCAGUUUCCACUCUUAAAGCUGAAAGAUGCUAGCUUGGUCUCACUAACGUUUUAUCUUGAAGUUUUUAUCUCCAUGGAGGAGCUGUAAAGACAAAACCUCUUUAGAUUUAAUUGUAAUUUCCCAUGAUUCUCACUCUGUAUCGUGCGUACGCAGUUGUGCUGCAAGUGGGAGAUGAUCACUUUACAGUGUGUUUUUCUAUCUUGGGGUGGUGAAGCCUCGACAUUCUGAAGUAUUUUGAAUGCUGUUCACCAAUCACCUCGGACAUAAUGCAUGUCAUGACCUGCAUGCUCUAGUCUAAUGGGUACCCACCGUGCUAGAAGUCGAUUUGUAGUAGAGAAAUGUGUUUUAAAAAAAACAACAAAAAAAGCCAAAAAGUCAAAAAAGAAAAAAACGUACACCCAACCUUCUCAGGGACUCUUACAGUAAUCCUCUCUAGAACUUGGCCUACUGCAUGUUGGUUUCUAAACUGCCUAGGAGCCUGGUCUACUUCCUCUUUGCACAAAAAGGCAAAGAAACAUUUAGGGGCAAAAAGGCAAUUAUGAAUAAUUUAAAACAAGUAAGCUAAGUGAGAGACAAAACUGGCCAGAAAAUAAUGUUUCCGGAGGGGAAGCGGAUGAGAGUGAUAAGAGAGCGAAGAGGCGGAGAGAAGGCAUCACAAAGUUGCUGUUGUGUUUGUAUUCAGUCAGCCUUUUUUGUCAAAAUCAAAACCUGCCACUUGCACAACCUUUUUAGGAAGACGCGAACCCCUUAAAGGAUGUACUAAAGCACAGUAUUAACCACCUCAGCUAUCUCGCAUUACGUUGGCGUGCACUACAUUUAGUCAGCACACCCUCCCCCCCCACACACACAGUGUCUUCAUUAAAUUCAAAUCAUUAUGCUGCAUAGCUGCGUAAGUCAGAUAGUCUCUCUUUUAUUCUUGAAGUCUAUUUUUGUGGCUUGCAUGAUGUUCUUAGGACUUUGCCAAAGGAAGCUAUUAUACAGUAGCAUGUUUUCGCAGUCUGAGUGAUCACAGUUGUUAUGCACUCUUGCCAAACGGAGUCGAAGGCAGUUGGUCGUUAAAGGCACGCUGCCCUUUAAUACAGACAGCCAUUUUCCGUUUGGCAUUAAGGCAUACUGUCUUUGUUGCUCCAUAACACACACACCUCUCUUUCAUGUCGGACCCUUAACUUCCAUUAGGGUGCCUAAACUUUUCUCAUAUUCGUAUUCGUCUUGUUGCACAAAGCUGAUAUCACACAAGAAAAGAAAAAGAAAAGAACAAAAAAAACCACACACACACAGUCCUUAGUCUUGAAUGUAUGAGGCAAUAUUUUCAAAACCUAGCAAUUCAGUCUGAGAGAAAGGUGCCAAAACUGAGAAUGAUUGUGUGACUGGGCAAAGGCCUAGUAGGAAUAGAUGGGCAGCAAAAAUCACAAAUGUUUUGACAAUAUAUUUAGUAAUAGAGCUAUGCAGGUGAAAUGUUAUUUGCUGUAAAUAGUUUCACAACAUUUGUGUUCUUUAGAAGAGACUUUUAAAUGUCCUUGAAAGAUUGCAUGGUACAUUAUAACUACAAUUCAGUACAAAAUAUAUCGAGAAUAUAUUAGAUAUAUAUUUUGAGGGUAAGAAUAGGAUGUUUUUGAGGCUGUGAGGGACAGAAAAAGGAGGGGUGGCGAGAGUGAAGGUUCUGGAUGGGGGUAACAAAAACUGACAGGUCUUUCUAUCACUAGCACUUGAUUUAGAAAAGUGUGCCCGGCAAUAAAAAAAAAAUGUAAAAUCGACGAAGAAGAAAAAAAAACUCCUGCUGUUUAUGCUAUCCAUGGCUCAUUAGCAGUCGAGAGGCUAAGCUAAUUCCCUGGUUCCUCUCAGAGUCCUAAAGACUGUGGACUCAUUGAAUCCACACAGGGAACACAAUCUACCCCUAUCAACCCAUUUCCUGCUGUUACUGCUCAGUGUCUCAGCUCUCUUUCUGCCCCUCUCUUUUUUCCCUCUCUUUCUCGCUUUUUCUUCCUUCCUCUCUUCCUCCCUCCUUCUUGUCCACCCUGAGAAAUUGUCCAACAAACACCCCUGGCCUUCCUUGAUUGACAAACACAGCUGCUGUGCAUAAACUUGUCAUACCACAGAGACAGGAGAGAAAGACACGUCUGUCUCCCCCUCUUUUUUUCCUCUCUCGCUGUUUUCCCUCCCAUCUUUGUGUUUUUUCUCUCGAGUUGUGUGUUCUGUGCCAUCUUUUUCACCAGUGGACCUCUCUUCUUUUUUAUUUUCCAACAGUUGCUGCCUUUUCUUUAGAUUUCUCAGCUCUGUCACCGCAACAGUAAUGUUUCUUCACGACUUAGCUUUAUUCUAUCACAUGUGCUCGAGGGGGUGGAAUAAUUACCAACGACGACAAAUAUUAAAUCCUUUUUAUUGUAUCCUUUGUUUUCUUUUUGCUACAGUGCUGUGACUUUUACACACCCAUGCCCCCCUUUUGUGUCACUCAUUGGCAGGCACAGAUUUUGUUUUUGUUUUUUUAAUUAUUAUUUUCAACCCAAACAAGAGGCGGUCUCACAGAGUUGGGUGAUGCUACUCCAUUCCUUUAUACCUUUGCAAUGUCAUUGUUGGGGAUUAAGAAACGAGAUCUGUGCUUUUGUUUCUUUUUUGGUUUUGUUUAGAUAUAACAAAAACGAAAAAAAUCUCAUAUAAAAGGUUCCCUUUAUAGAUAUUUAUUUUGAAGUUCUAUUUUAUAUAGUAUUUAUUUAGAUGCCAACUUUUUGUUUGUGAAGAAAGCUUAUGUCGAAAUGGAAUGUACAUUGACAAUGGAAAUAUAUAUUGUUAAAUAUA